GUUCCGCACCUUUUUUUUCUUUCAAGUCGUGAUGUUUCCGAGGUAGUAAUAAUUUAAAUGACACCGUUAUUUUAUUACUUUUCUUGCAUUGUUGUAAAAUUCGUAAAUUCGUAAGUUCACAUUACGGUUCAUGUAAUAUUUACAAAACUACAUAAAUGUACAAUGCGGAACGUAAAAAUACGUAACUCAAAAUACGCAUAUGUCGCCGGCCGGUAAUUUUGUGUACGUGAUAAGUUGAAGAAAACGGAGGUGUUUAAUUAUUUAUAAGUCGUAUCUAAUAGCCUAAUCGAUAUGGCUGCAUUGAUGAAAACAAGAGGUUUGCGAAUGUCUGCACAGAAGCAGGAAACACUUUUAAAGUUGACUGUCUUAUCUCUUGCAGCAAUUUUAUCAUUUGCAACAAGAUUAUUUUCAGUCCUAAGGUUCGAGAAUGUUAUUCAUGAAUUCGAUCCAUAUUUCAAUUAUCGCACAACGAAGUAUUUAGCUGAAAAUGGAUUCUACAGUUUCCACAAUUGGUUCGAUGAUCGUGUUUGGUAUCCUCUUGGUAGGAUAAUCGGAGGAACAAUAUAUCCAGGUUUGAUGAUAACAUCAGCAGCGUUAUACCGUCUUUCAUGGCUACUAAAUAUUACUUUAGAUAUACGUACUAUUUGUGUCUUCCUUGCUCCAUUAUUUUCUAGUUUGACAGCAAUCAUUACUUAUUUGCUCACUAAAGAGUUAAAGGAUUCCGCAUCAGGACUGUUUGCAGCUGCGAUGAUAGCAAUUGUUCCUGGUUAUAUAUCACGAUCGGUGGCAGGGUCAUAUGAUAACGAGGGCAUAGCUAUUUUUUGUAUGCUAUUUACAUAUUAUAUGUGGAUUAAAGCAGUGAAAACAGGAGCAAUUUGUUGGGCAACAUGUGCUGCUCUUGCAUAUUUUUACAUGGUGUCUUCUUGGGGUGGUUACGUUUUCUUGAUUAAUUUGAUUCCUUUACAUGUGCUAACGUUAAUGGUCACUGGCAGAUUUUCACACAGGAUAUACACAGCAUACAGUAUUCUAUACUGCUUAGGAACAAUUCUCUCUAUGCAGAUAUCAUUUGUUGGUUUCCAACCUGUUCAAAGUUCUGAGCACAUUCUUGCAUUGGGGGUGUUCGGACUCUGUCAGAUACACGCCUUAGUUGAUUAUUUGCGUAAUAAACUGUCGCAAGAUGACUUUGAAGUACUGUUUCGUGGUCUUGUUGUUUCUGUAAUUAGUAUUUCAUUUAUCUUAGGAGUCAUUUUAACCAUUACAGGAAAAAUAUCACCUUGGACUGGACGCUUUUAUUCGCUUUUGGAUCCAUCCUACGCAAAAAAUCACAUACCAAUAAUUGCUUCUGUUUCUGAACAUCAACCAACAUCAUGGAGCUCUUUUUAUUUUGAUCUUCAAAUCUUAGUGUUUCUGUUUCCUUCGGGAUUAUACUUUUGUUUCUCGAAGUUAACGGAUUCUAAUAUUUUCCUUAUUUUGUACGGAGUCACGAGUUUAUACUUUGCCGGCGUAAUGGUCCGUCUAAUGUUAGUUCUUGCUCCUGUAAUGUGUAUUUUGGGCGGAAUUGGAGCCUCAUCUUUGCUUCUUACUUACAUGAAGCAACUAGAAAGUGGAAAAAUUAGCGAUAAGAAGUCUAAAAAGUUUGAAAGUAAUUAUAUACUUCGAAGCGAGAUUGCUACGCUUUUUAUAACGGUGAUGUGUAUUCUCUUCUUUUCGUAUACUAUUCAUUGUACGUGGGUUACAGCAGAAGCCUAUAGUUCACCUAGUAUCGUAUUAUCCGCACGUUCUCCGGACGGUGGACGAAUGAUCUUCGAUGAUUUCAGAGAAGCAUAUUAUUGGCUACGCAUGAAUACACCAGAAAAUGCCAAGGUAAUGUCUUGGUGGGAUUAUGGAUACCAAAUUACAGCGAUGGCGAAUCGUACAAUUUUAGUAGACAAUAAUACGUGGAACAAUACUCACAUAUCAAGAGUCGGCCAAGCAAUGGCGAGUUCCGAGGAAAAAGCUUACGAAAUAAUGAGAGAGCUAGACGUGAAUUAUGUUCUUGUAAUUUUUGGAGGACUCACAGGCUACUCGUCGGAUGACAUAAAUAAGUUCCUAUGGAUGGUACGGAUCGGCGGAAGUACUGAGAAAGGCAAAUCUAUUACGGAAUGGGAUUACUAUAAUUCCGCAGGAGAGUUUCGGGUCGACAAAGACGGUUCUCCAAUUUUGCUCAAUUGUCUUAUGUAUAAAAUGUGCUAUUACAGAUUUGGGCAAGUUUAUACCGAAGGUGGCAAACCUUCCGGAUACGACAGAGUUAGGAAUAUGGAGAUUGGUAACAAAGAUUUCGAGCUAGAUAUGUUAGAAGAAGCUUACACCACGGAGCACUGGCUAGUACGAAUUUAUAAAGUGAAGGAUUUGAGAAAUAGAGGAAUUUGAAAGUAUAUGGAUUAAUAAGAAAAGGGAGUAGUGCUAUCAAAACUUUGUAAACUAGUUUAUAAUCUCGCUCAUUUAUAAGUUUUAUAAUUGUUUAUGAGAUAUUAAUGUGGCACUAAAUACAGAAUAACAUAUUUCCAUAAACAGCGGCGUAUUCGAAACUUUGAUAAAAGACAUGCUCGAACCUCAUUGUAAACAUUAAUUUAGCGAACGUAAUUAUCGAUUUAUAGAAUUCAGUUCUGGGAGUCGUCUGUAUAUUCAUCGAUAACAUCAAACGACGUAUUUAUUUUAAUAUUGGCCACAACAAUAUACCGCAAAGAAUAUUUGAA